CAGCCAUAUGAGGCAGUAUAAAAAGCCACAGAAGGAUUAGCUGAACACAGCUCUGAUGACACAGCAAUAACAACCAUGACACCAGCCGUCAGCAUCGCUCUUCUCCUGCUCUCCGCAACUGUUGUAAAGUCGUGGGGGUCUCUGGAGGACCAGACUGAAGUAGAGGGGGAUUUUUCAUCCCAGUUCAAACAGCAUGUGAGGGAGGGUGCUGACCAUCAUGCAGAGGAGGAAGGAGAUCGUUAUGAAUGGAUGCAGGAAGGAUCAUCUGACCCGAAAUGUUUGGCCUGUAAGAAGAUCGUCUCUGACGUACAGAAGAAGUUGGGCGGUAAUAAUUCAAAGGAAGAAGUUAAGAAGCAGGUGGAUGGUUCCUGCAAUGAACCUGGAAUCCUGAGACAAGCAUGCAAGGAAAUCAUCAAAAAGCCCAAAGACGAACUGAUUGAUGGAAUAGCCAAAGGCGAGACUCCCGAGAAAAUAUGUAAAGAUGUGAGCUACUGCCAGUGAAAUACAUCUGUCUGUAGAUACUACAUACAAUGUAAUGCAUCUGCCUCGCAAUGAAUGUUUCAGCUGUUUGAUUCUGAUCAUAAAAGUCACAUAAAAGUGUA